CUUAUGGGUACCAUAGAAUCUACUAUAGGACUAUCAUGUUUUUUAUUCCCUGAAUAGGAGUAAAUUUCUGCCAAGUUUGGAAUUACUAGGCUUUAAACAUGACAUUUUUCACCAAAGUUUGACAGAUUACUCAUAUUAAAAGAAUGAAAAAUAUAAUAAUCCUAUUUUGAAAUUUAAAAAAGCCGAGUACAACAAAUUGAACGACGAGUGGAGUAUUUAUCAAUGAGACUUUUCCAGAACUUAAAAGCUACGGUACCUGCAUAUGGGCGUCAUCAUUGUCGUCGUCACUGUGACCGAGCAGCAUGACCUUGUCGUGGCGGAGGAAAAGGUUGUUGGAGAUGGUGACGGCGGUGGAGCCCUGCGUGACGUCGAUCAGCCCGUCCUCGCAAUGAAUCAGGGUGCAGUGGUCGAUCCACACCAUGCUCGACAUGUGUACGGAUAUUCCGUCGCCGUCCGACGAGGACACCUUCUCCGUCAACUGCUGGCUCACCUGCACCCUGUCGUUUUCCGGCGAGGGCUUGCAGUAGUAGAUGAGGAGGUUGUGGAUGAUGACGUUGGUGACAGAGAGGAGUGUGAUGCAGCCCACGCCGGUGAUGUGCACGUUCGCGCCGCGGCCGUCGAUGGUCUUGUAACUGUUGACGAAGAGCUCGUGCCGGAGCUCGAUUUUCAUGUCGGCCGAGAAUGUGAUCCAGAGUUUUUCCUGUCGAGUCACCCCGUACCGGAGAGUGCCCGGUUUUGGAUUUCCGGGGUCGGAGUCGUCCGACGAGUCUUCGACCACAUAGAUCUGUCCGCCUUCCCCGCCCGCCGCAUUUUUCCCGAACCCAAUGCCGCACUCCGCCAGCUUCUGCCGGUCGUUCUGCCAGCUCAUGUCGGAAGCUCCCCAGCAGUCGUCGACCGGGUUUCCGGUCUGGUACAACGGUGAAGAAGACGGCGAAGAAGACGAAAGCCCCCUGCUUCUCAUCGUUGAUGCAUUUACUCUUCUACAUAUUAGUAUUUCAUCAUAAACAUUAAUUGAUAUGCAUCCAAAACUUUAAUAAGUUUCAACAACAGUAAAACUAGAUUCAAAACUUGAUGAUGUAAUUGGAUUGUUCUUCUCUUUUGCUUGUGUUGUUUUUGUUCUAUGGCAGUCCUUUCUGAGACAGUGGUGCUCCGGGAUGUUUUGUGUCUCUCAAUGUGGGGAGUUG